CAGGGGCAGGCUGGAGGGCGGGCGAGGCUCCACCCCUGGGCGGGGGAAGGCCGCUGCCUCCUCUCCAGGGCCCGGGCUUCGACCUGCUGCGGGCCGGGCGGCGAGGGGCCGCGGCCGGAGGGAGCGUGGGAACCGCUGCUCCUGCAGCCCGGACGUAGGAGACCCUGAAUCCUGGAAGCUGCAGACUUGGUAGAGCAACCGACCCGUCUAGAGCCGUGAAGCCACCUGGCUGUCGUGGGACCUGCCCCAGCUCCAUGGAGAGCCGUGUUGGUGUCGGCGGGCGCUGAACCAGGCCCCCAGCACCCGGUGCCUGUGGGGUAUGGUAGCCGACUGUACGGCAUGUUCCUGUAAACCGGACACGCUGUGUUGAUAUGAACUCACCCUGACACGGCAUUUUCGGGACAGGGAAAUCUUGCAACAGUAACAACCCGCCCUGGUGCUCAUGGAAUCCGUGUGUUCUGUGUUUCUUCAGGACCUGAAUCAGAGAAGUGGAAACAGAGCAUCAGAUCCUCAGCUGUGUAAAUCAGCAGCGCUCCGCUGAAAUCCAGGGAGCGACCUCAGUUUGUGCCAGCCGAGUGAAUUAUUCUUAGGAACCGGCUGGUGCCUCUUGGGGAAAGUCACCAGCUGUUCAUUCAGUGUUGGCUUUGGAGAGGUAGGGUUCCCUAGUGGCUAGAGCAGCGGACCAGGAGCCAGGAAUCUCGGGGUCUGUUCCUAGCUCUGAGAGUGAAGGGUGGUCUAGUGCUUAGGAAGACGGACUGGGGGCUGCCAGGAUACCUGGGUUGUAGUCUUGGUCUGCCACUUCUUGAUAACUCACUUCAGCUAAUCCAGAGAGACCAGGUGGGUGAGGUCAGAUCAUUUAUUGGACCACGUUCUGUUGGGGAGAGCAGUGAGCUUUCAAGCCACCCAGAAGUUGGUCCAAUAAAAGCUAUUACCUCCCCCCCUUGUCUCUGUCAUACCCUGGGACCCACACGGCUGCAACUACACUGUAUUAACCAAGGCCAUUUAGCUUCUUCUGCUGAGCCCAUCAUCAUGGUAUCUGACGACCUUACAGGUUUAUUAACAUGACUAUCAGGCGGCCUGUCUCUCUUUGCUCUCUCCUCUCUGCCUCAGUUUUCCCGGUUGUGAAAUGGGGACAAGGCUAGUCAGUGCAUGCCAGUGAGGGCAGCUGGAGGCUGGCUGGGAAGACACGUUGGGGACGGUUAGUAAAGCAGGUUGGGGACGUGCCAGGCUGUUGGAGGGCCAAGGAGCCGAGCGUGUUUCCUCUCAGUCGUUCUGUAGGAAGUUUUGCAAGAGAACAGGUUCAGCAGGAUCUUUGCUGGGCUCUCGUCCCAUUCUGGAGGCAAAGUCCCGCCAGGCCUGCCAGGGCACAGCCACCAGGGCAGGGCGCCAGGCUGCACAGAUGGAGAUCUACGUUCCCCAGGCCCCUAGAGACCUUGCGCUCAAUGGCUACCUUGGCCAGCCCCAGCUUCUCUCCUCGGCUCCCCGGGACAGAGGCCGUGGGCCAGCCGUGUGUAGAUUUUGCGGGAGGGGCUGGCAGAGUGGAGCGGGGGGAGUGGGGAUGGAGAGAGAAUGAAAAGGAGUAAGAGAGCGAGCGGGGGAUACGCUGAGGAGAAAUGGCCACAAACCCGGAGAGACGGAGCUGAGCGCGUCAGCACCGGGGCAAGGAGACCGGGUCGUUCCACGGGGCUAAGGACUCGCUGCAGUGAGGGAAUUCCACGGCUGGGUACUACAGGGAGCAGCACUGGGAUUUAUUAGGGCAGCGCCCAGGAGCCACAGCCCUGGAGCAGGCCCCCGCUGGGCCAGGCACUGAACAAACACACCCAGAAAAUGGUCCCUGCCCCAAACUGCUGACAAGCAUUAGACACAGGUCAGCGGAUGGAGACCGACCGACCCACGGGGGAGCACAGGAAACCAGGAGACUGUUUCAAUCGGCCUGAGGGGCCGGGGCCUCGGCCCACCAGCGGCCUGACUGCUGUGAAGGCGUCCCGGCAAAGGAGUGCUUCCCGGCGGGUGCAGGAGAACGAGGAGGGAGCUGGGCCGAUGUUUCUGGGCGCGCCUCCCCAGUACAAGGGGCAGCAGCAGAGAAAGCACAAAGGGGUUUGCUGGUUUGUUCUCCUGCUGCGUGACUCCACCCUGGCCCUACGAGGUUCUGGGAAAAUGAAGCCCUCUGUGACCCCCAACAAGGUCUGCCUUAGAAAUGGACACGAACGCUGCGUCUCCUCCUUGGACCCUGCCGUUGGCUGCACUCGGGACGGUCCCAAGUCUGUGUGGGCUCCGCUGGACGCUCUAGAGAGCCGGGAAGAGCUCCUGCCAUCUGAGCAGCCAAACCGGCUUUCCCACAAGUACUCCCGCUGUGCCCUGCCGGCCGUGAUCCUGGUGGGCAUGCUCUUGGCCGGGGUUCUCACUUGUCUCUUCGUUUUUCCGUUCGGUUCCCCUCUGGAAAGAGGGAACGUUGGGCAGGAUCCGGACAACACGUGCAGUGACCCUUGCAGGAUUGUGCUGGUGGAAAGCAUCCCCGAAGGAAUGGUGUAUGAAGACAACAGCACGGUGAACCCAUCCACAUUUCAGGCCUGGAGGAAUCUGAUCAGAGGUGCUAAGAGCAGCUUGGACAUCGCAUCUUUCUAUUGGACCCUGACAAACGACGACACACACACUCAGGAAGCCACGGCUGACCAAGGUGAAGAAAUCCUGGCAGAACUGCUGCAGUUACCCCAGCGAGGCGUCUCGGUGAGAAUCGCAGUCAGCAGCCCGUCCUCGAAGCAGCCCCUGGACGACCUCCAAGCGCUGGAGCAGAGCGGGGCUGCUGUCCGCAAAGUCGACAUGCGCAGGCUGACGGACGGGGUGCUGCACACCAAGUUCUGGAUCGUUGACAAGACCCACGUCUACCUUGGCAGCGCGAACAUGGACUGGCGCUCCCUCACCCAGGUGAAGGAGCUGGGUGCAGCUGUCUACAACUGCAGCUGCUUGGCCAAGGACUUAGGGAAGAUAUUUGAAGCCUAUUGGGUUCUGGGGGUGCCGGACGCCUCCAUUCCAUCACCCUGGCCGGCCAAUUACUCCACCACAUACAACAAGGAGACGCCUCUGGAGGUGCAGCUGAACGGGACGGACGCCGGCGUGUACCUUUCUAGCUCCCCGCCAGCCUUGUGUGCCGAGGGACGGACGGAGGACCUCCACGCACUGCUCAGCAUCAUCGACGCCGCCAGCCAGUUCGUGCACAUCGCCGUGAUGAGCUACCUGCCGACCAUGGAGUUCUCGCACCCCCGGAGGUAUUGGCCAACUAUUGAUAAUCAUCUCAGGAAAGCAGCCUACGAAAGGCAAGUCCAUAUUCGACUGCUGAUUGGCUGCUGGGAGCACUCCAAGCCAGCCAUGUUUCCUUUCCUGAAAUCUCUGGCUGCCAUGCAGGACAAUGGGACGCACUACAGUGUGGAAGUGAGACUCUUCACGGUUCCAGUCAAUGAAACACAAGCUGAGAUCCCCUAUGCAAGAGUCAACCACAAUAAGUACAUGGUCACCGACAAGGUGGCCUAUAUCGGUACCUCCAACUGGUCAGGAGACUAUUUUGUCAGAACUGCAGGAUCUGCGCUUGUGGUGAACCAGUGCGACGCAAACGCCCAGGGCGAGCCCACAGUGCAGGAACAACUCCAGGCUGUGUUCGAACGGGACUGGAACUCCCAAUACAGCAGGGACAUCAGCACCUUGGGCCAGUGGGAAAACAUCUGCAGAGGUCACUAGGAGGCUACGCCGCUGAGGACUGACGGAAGGAAAUCCUGGCAACACAGAACGACCUGGCUACAGCACGUCAAGAAUACACGUCAGGGCAACAUGGCCACCCCAGCACUGCAAACAUGGUGGGGUUGACAUGUCCCUUCCAGAGCCUGAAAUAUCCGGAGUCACCUGGUUUCUUGCUAACCCAUUUGGUUUAUCUGCAAUGGCAUUCGUCAUUUUUUGAGCCCUGGUGUCUCUCUGGAACACAAGGUCACCCCACCUUCAAACACUAACAGCUGAGCCAGGCCAUGAAUUGACAUGAUCUUCCGAAAAUUCAUUGCAAGGCAGGGAUCUGUAGCAUGGUCUUGCAAGGAACAAGGAAAGCAUUAACUCAAUAGCUGAAAACUUUAGGGGGAGAACAGCAGAUAGGCUUGAAUAAAGUCACCAGCUAUGGAGCUGCAGGUCACAACACUCAGGUAAAGGUUGAGUUCCAUUUUGUACUCAAAGCAGGGAUGCAGCAUCUUUAUAGUGUCAGAAAAAUGCAGAGUGCCCUCCUCAAACGUACCGUAUUUCCUCUCUGAGCGCAGAAUGACUCGAGGCUCUGUUGGAAGCAAUAGGUUGUAAUGAAGCAAAAUGAUUAACACCUGGAUCUAAGUAUGGUGAUUAGAUAGGCUACAGAGAGGCAUCCGAUGAAGUGAGCUGUAGCUUACGAAAGCUUAUGCUCAAAUAAAUUUGUUAGUCUCUAAGGUGCCA